GGAGGUUGGCUGGGUAACCCGACAGGAAGUAGAGCCACGGGAGACCUGUAGGCUCCCUCUACUUAAUUCCCUUGGAUUAUUUCAGAAUUGCAACCCCUUCCGAUUCUGCCACAGAGACUGGGCUCAAUUCCUCUCAAAGGGAAGGCAAGGGGGCAGGGACUCAAAGACAUCCCCUGGGGGUGUGAAAUCUUUCUGCAGUCCAAUCUUUCCUGUUAGACUACUAGCUCAGUUUUCUCUAGUCCCUGCCAUCUUGGUCCCAAAUAAUUUCCUUCCGGGCUACCACAUGCCCUAGUCCUGGGGAAGAAGAACCCGAACAAGUAGGCAUCUUCUGAAUGCCCGUGCCCCAGGUGCUGAGGUGCAUUGAAGCUCAGGAAGUAGCGGGGGCAUGUGACUCUGCUCAGGGUCAGCUUCUGCUUUCAGCACAUGCCACGCUCUCCUCGCCCCACCCCAGACGGAAAUGCUUGCCCUCCACCCCAACCUAGACAUAAAAGGGAACUAGACUUGGUUUGUGAAACACUUGGCCUUCGCUGACGCCAGCACACUCACUUCGUUCUUCCGAAACAUACUAUCACGAGCCAGCUGGUGACUCCCUCUGAUUGAGCAUGGCCCUGCCAGCCCUGGGCCUGGACCUCCGGAGCCUCCUGGGCCUUCUCCUCUUCCAGCUAAUGCUGCUGCUGCUGCCGCCACCAACCGCAGGGAGUGGUGGGCAGGGGCCCGUGCCCAGGGUCAGAUACUCCGCAGGGGAUGGACGCAGGGUGCUGAGCCGCUUCCAGCAGAAGGACCUCCAGGAUUUUGACAUUCUGCUCCUGAGUGAUGAUGGAAACACUCUCUACGUGGGGGCUCGAGAGGCUAUUCUGGCCUUGAAUAUCCAAGAUCCGGGGGUCCCAAGGCUGCUCAACAUGAUACCCUGGCCAGCCAGUGACCAGAAAAAGACUCAAUGUGCCCUUAAGAGGCAGAACUAUGAGACCGAGUGUUUCAACUUCAUCCGUGUCCUGGUCUCUUUCAAUGCCACCCAUCUCUACGCCUGUGGCACCUUUGCCUUCAGCCCUGCGUGUACUUUCAUUGAACUCAAAAAUUCCAACCUGAUGCCCAUUUUGGAGGACAAUGUCGUAGAGGGGAAAGGCCAAAGCCCCUUCAACCCAGCCCACAAGCACACAGCUGUCUUGGUGGAUGGCAUGCUGUAUUCUGGCACCAUGAACAACUUCCUGGGCAGUGAGCCUAUCCUGAUACGCACGCUGGGCCAGCCUGUCCUCAAGACCGACACAUUCCUCAGCUGGCUGCAUCCGGACGCCUCCUUCGUAGCAGCCAUUCCUUCAACCCAGGUCGUCUACUUCUUCUUCGAGGAGACGGCCAGCGAGAUUGACUUCUUCGAGAAGGUCUACACGUCCCGGGUGGCCCAAGUUUGCAAGAACGACGUGGGCGGUGAGAAGCUGCUGCAGAGGAAGUGGACCACCUUCAUGAAGGCCCAACUGCUCUGCGCCCAGCCCGGGCAGCUGCCCUUCAACAUCAUCCGUCACGCAGUCCUGCUGCCUGACAGUUCCUCUGCAGGUUCCCACGUCUACGCGGUCUUCACCUCCCAGUGGCAGAUGGGUGAGAGCAAGAGCUCUGCGGUCUGUGCCUUCUCUCUCAUGGACAUCGAGAAUGUCUUUAAGGGGAAAUACAAGGAGCUGAACAAACAGACUUCACACUGGACCACUUACCUGGGCCCUGAGCCCGACCCCCAGCCGGGCAGCGUGAGUACCACCCCCUACUCUGAGCAAAGCCCAUGUGAGAAGAUGCCAGCUGUCUGUCUCCCCACAGCCGCAGGGUCCCUCCACAAGGUGGUGAUGAGCAAGAACACCAGUGCUCGUCUGGUGGAGGAGAUCCAGCUGUCCCCUACCCCCGAGCCUGUUCGAAACCUGCAGCUGGCUCCCACCCAGGGCGCAGUGUUCGCAGGCUUCUCAGGUGGCGUCCAGCGGGUCCCCCGAGCCAACUGUAGUGUCUACGAGAGCUGUGUGGACUGUAUCCUUGCCCAGGACCCCCACUGUGCCUGGGACCCUGAGUCUCAAACUUGCCGCCUCUUGCCCAGCCCUGUCCCGAGCUCCUGGAAGCAGGACAUAGAGCGAGGGAACCCAAGGUGGGCAUGUGCCACUGGCCCCAUGAGCAGGAGCCACCAGCCUACGAGCCGUCCCCAGAUCAUUAAAGAAGUUCUGGCUGUCUCCAACUCCAUCUUGGAGCUUCCCUGCCCCCACCUCUCAGCCCUGGCCUCCUACCGCUGGAGUCACGGAAUAGCAGCAGUCCCAGAAGCCUCUUCCACCGUCUACAAUGGCUCCCUCUUGCUUCUGCUGCGGGAUGGUGUGGGGGGUCUCUACCAGUGCUGGGCCACUGAGAGUGGUUUCUCAUACCCCGUGGUCUCCUACUGGGUGGACAGCCAGGACCAGCCCCUGGCCCUAGAUCCUGAACUGGCGGGCAUUCCCCGGGAGCGUGUGGAGACCCCGCUGACCAGGGUCGGUGGUGGGGCCGCCCUGGCUGCCCAGUGGUCCUACUGGCCCCAGUUCCUCACCGUCACUGUGAUCCUUGCCUUAGUGCUUUCAGGAGCCCUCAUCGUCCUCCUCGCCUCCCCACUGGGGGCACUCCGAGCCCGGGGAAAGGUCCAGGGCUGUGGGACUCUGCUGCCCGGGGAGAAGUCCUCACUAAGCAAGGAGCAGUCCUUCAGGCCCCCCAAGGAACACAGGACCUCUGCCAGUGACAUGGACACUGACAACAACCAACUGGGCACUGAGGUGGCAUAAACUCUGUGGGCACAGGCUGGGGCUGUUGGGUAGGUCAGGGCGCCUGGCCAUGCUGGCUGGGGACCUGGAGCAAGGCAGCCCUUAUCAGGGUGGGAGUAGCACAAAAGACCACCUUCCUCUUUCUUCUGUGAGAGGAGCUUCUCUUGCCACUCCGUGCUACUGAUAGCACCCACUGGGGCUGCACACAGUGGCCUGAUUCCCCUGUGGGACUCCUUCUACCAAGCAUGUGGAGCCAAGGCUCUCCAACCGGGGCUGCCCCAGACCCGGACCCAGGCUGUGAUAGGAGGAGGACCUAGAGAGGAUCCUUCAGUUCUGACCAUUCCAGGGACCCUCUAGAAACAUACUGCUCCAGGAGACCCUAAAACCUGACUGUUCCAGGACCUGAUGGUAAUAAGCACCGACCAGCUAAACCACCAUAAUGCGCCAUUCCUGGAGACUCCACUCUGAAAGCAGCUGUCAUGUUGGACACCAACAUUUCCCUCUCUCAGGGGUCUCUGGGGUUCUGCAGGGAACUGCCCCUUGCUGCUCCCUUCACAAACCAUGCACCACUGACUCCCAGGAAGUGUCUCCUGUGAGUCUGACCCCUUUCCUUCCUGCUUCAUUUGGAGCAGAUUUGGAUCCCUUCAGCCGUGGUUUGAAUGUCAGGGGUAAUCUGAGCCUCGUUCACUCCUCUACCCUGACUGACCCCUUGACCUCUCUCUUCCUCUGCCCUUUCCUUUGUUUUGGGAUUCAGAAAUCUGCUUGUCACAGACAGUUUAUUUUUUAUUAAAAGACAAAGCUUAUGACUUGUGCUGUUUUGUCGGGGCA